AUGGAUGAUUGUGAAUUGCUUCCAGAAAGGAUUGGUGCCCUGAAACACUUGAGAUAUAUCGAUUUGGCUAAGACUUCAAAAUUGAAAAGAUUACCAAAAUCUUUUUUCAGAUUACAAAAUCUGCAAGCUCUCUAUCUAGGUAAUGGAUUAGAAGAGCUGCCCAAAGAUGUGAGGUACAUGAUCAGUCUUAGACUUUUAUUUCUAUUUACUAAGCAGCAGCGGUUGCCAGAAGGUGGGAUUGGGUGCUUGGAAUAUCUUCAAUUUUUUUUCAUUAGUAACUGUGAAAAUCUUGAAUAUUUGUGCGAAGAUCUGCAAGGUCUUAAAAGCCUUCGAAAAUUAUGUAUUUGUGAAUGUAAAAGCUUGAUCUCUUUGCCACGAAGCAUGAAAUACCUGACUGCACUCGAGUUUUUAUGUAUUGUGGAUUGUAAAAAGCUUGAUUUGAUGACAAUGGAGGAAGAGUACGAGGAAGAAAUUAAACCACUUCGCCUUCAAACUGUAAUGUUUGCAAAGUUACCAACAACACUGGCAUUACCAAGACAAAUUCUUCAAGGAUCUGCAGACUCCUUACAAACAUUUGUGAUUGAAUACUGUGCAAACAUUAGAGAAUUUCCAGACUGCAUCGGCAAUCUAAAUAAACUCCAAAUGCUUGCAAUCAUGGGUUGUCCAAGUUUGAGCAAAAGAUGCCGAAGGGGAACCGGAGAAGAUUGGCCCAAGAUCGCUCAUAUCCCUGAAAUUAAUGUUCAAGUUAUUGACAGUGACGAAGAAACAUCUAAUUAG